CGGCGGCGGCGGCGGCGAAGAAGGGGGCGGAGAGCGAGGAGCGCGGUGGGACGGGGUCUGGACCGCUCGUACUUCGGGCCGUGGGAUUCUCUCCGCGUCGGCGGUAGUAGUAGCUGCCUCUGCAGCCGCAGCAGCAGGUUUGUGCGAGGGAUUCCUGAAGAAGGCAGGAGAUGGUCUAAAUUAAGUAUCAAUCAUUGACACCAUGAACUGGAAUAAAGGUGGCCCUGGCACUAAGAGGGGAUUUGGCUUUGGAGGUUUCGCUAUUAGUGCGGGAAAGAAGGAGGAACCAAAACUCCCACAGCAGUCCCAUAGUGCCUUUGGGGCAACCAGCUCUUCUGGAUUUGGAAAGUCGGCUCCACCACAGCUCCCUUCCUUCUACAAAAUUGGUUCUAAACGGGCCAACUUUGAUGAAGAAAACGCAUAUUUUGAAGACGAGGAAGAAGAUUCUAGCAAUGUUGAUUUACCUUACAUUCCUGCUGAAAACUCACCUACCCGCCAGCAAUUCCAUUCCAAGCCAGUAGAUUCUGAUAGUGAUGAUGAUCCCUUAGAGGCAUUCAUGGCUGAAGUGGAGGAUCAAGCGGCUAGAGACAUGAAGAGGCUUGAAGAAAAGGACAAGGAAAGAAAAAACGUAAAGGGUAUUCGAGAUGACAUUGAAGAGGAAGAUGACCAAGAAGCUUAUUUUCGGUACAUGGCAGAGAAUCCAACUGCUGGCGUGGUUCAGGAGGAAGAGGAGGAUAAUUUGGAAUAUGAUAGUGAUGGAAAUCCAAUUGCACCUUCCAAAAAAAUCAUUGAUCCUCUUCCUCCCAUUGAUCAUUCAGAGAUUGACUAUCCACCAUUUGAAAAAAAUUUUUACAAUGAACAUGAAGAGAUAACCAACCUCACCCCACAGCAGCUAAUAGAUCUCCGGCAUAAGCUCAAUCUUCGGGUUUCUGGUGCUGCACCUCCUAGACCAGGAAGUAGUUUUGCUCAUUUUGGGUUUGAUGAGCAACUUAUGCACCAGAUUCGGAAAUCUGAGUACACACAACCCACUCCAAUACAGUGCCAGGGUGUACCUGUGGCAUUAAGUGGUAGAGACAUGAUUGGUAUUGCCAAAACAGGCAGUGGGAAAACUGCAGCCUUUAUCUGGCCCAUGUUGAUUCAUAUAAUGGACCAGAAAGAAUUGGAACCGGGUGAUGGACCAAUUGCAGUGAUUGUGUGUCCUACUAGGGAGCUUUGUCAGCAGAUCCACGCAGAAUGCAAGCGGUUUGGGAAAGCGUAUAAUCUCCGAUCAGUAGCCGUGUAUGGAGGAGGGAGCAUGUGGGAGCAGGCCAAGGCCCUUCAGGAAGGGGCAGAGAUUGUUGUCUGUACACCAGGUCGACUUAUUGAUCAUGUGAAGAAGAAAGCUACCAACCUUCAAAGAGUCUCUUACCUUGUAUUUGAUGAAGCAGAUCGAAUGUUUGACAUGGGAUUUGAGUACCAGGUGCGAUCCAUAGCAAGUCAUGUCCGUCCCGACAGACAGACUCUCUUAUUCAGUGCAACUUUUCGGAAAAAGAUUGAAAAACUGGCCAGAGACAUCCUGAUUGACCCUAUUCGUGUGGUGCAGGGGGAUAUUGGAGAGGCAAAUGAAGAUGUGACUCAGAUUGUGGAGAUUCUGCAUUCUGGGCCUAGUAAAUGGAACUGGCUCACCCGGCGUCUAGUGGAGUUUACCUCUUCAGGAAGUGUCCUCCUGUUUGUUACUAAAAAAGCCAAUGCUGAAGAGCUAGCCAAUAACCUUAAACAGGAGGGUCAUAGUCUUGGCCUGCUCCAUGGUGACAUGGAUCAGAGUGAAAGAAACAAGGUUAUUUCAGACUUUAAGAAAAAGGACAUCCCAGUCCUCGUGGCCACAGAUGUUGCAGCCCGUGGUCUGGACAUUCCUUCAAUUAAGACUGUCAUUAACUACGAUGUGGCACGAGAUAUUGAUACCCAUACGCAUAGGAUUGGCCGAACAGGACGAGCGGGUGAGAAAGGCGUGGCCUAUACCUUGCUGACACCCAAGGAUAGCAAUUUUGCCGGUGACCUUGUCCGGAACUUGGAAGGAGCCAAUCAGCAUGUUUCCAAGGAACUCCUAGAUCUGGCCAUGCAGAAUGCCUGGUUUCGGAAAUCCCGCUUCAAAGGAGGGAAAGGGAAAAAGCUGAACAUUGGUGGAGGAGGCCUAGGCUAUAGGGAGCGGCCUGGCCUCGGCUCUGAGAACACGGACCGAGGAAGUAACAACAAUGUAAUGAGCAAUUAUGAGGCCUACAAGCCCUCCACAGGAGCCAUGGGAGAUCGGCUGACGGCAAUGAAAGCAGCUUUCCAGGUCGGUCUGAAAUUAAGCAUUUAGUUAAGAGCUUUCACUGGUAACUCUUGGGCAGUG